AUGGCCGGCCGUGGCAAGGGUAAGACUGCAGGAAAGAAAGCUGUCAGCCGCAGCGCCAAGGCAGGGCUACAGUUUCCUGUGGGCCGUAUUGCCCGUUACUUGAAGAAGGGCAAGUACGCUGAGCGCAUCGGUGCUGGCGCUCCUGUCUACUUGGCUGCUGUGCUGGAGUACCUGACUGCCGAGGUGCUGGAGCUGGCAGGCAACGCAGCUCGUGACAACAAGAAGAAUCGCAUUGUUCCGCGCCAUAUCCAGCUUGCCAUCCGCAAUGAUGAGGAGCUGGGCAAGCUCCUGGGCGAUGUGACCAUUGCGUCCGGUGGUGUGCUGCCUAACAUCCACGCUGUGCUGCUGCCCAAGAAGUCCAAGGGCAAGGCCGAGGAUGGCUCGGCUGCUGUUUAA